GGGAAGUGUGACACAAUGGUAUGGUUUACUGCCUGAUAAUGAAAAUUAUGAGUGCACCAUGUUGGAUUCCACUACUGGUUGGUGGGACAUGUAUUGUACAAAUAAAUAUCCCUUUACAUGCUUUGAUGACAGAUACACUGGCAAUAGUAGGUACAUUGUGAUCAAUUCCAAAGUUUCAUGGUAUGAUGCUCGGAGCUACUGCAGACAGUAUCACACGGACCUGGCCAGCGCAAGAAACUCAACAGAAAACUCCAUUAUACUGCAAUUAAUUAAAGGGCCCAUUGGAUUAUGUUGGAUUGGACUGCACAGAGAACCCUGGAAGUGGUCAGACAAGACUAAUAUAUCUGCCAUGCCAUGGAUACCUAAAAAACCUGAUAAUGCCCUUGGAAAUCAAACCUGUGGUUAUAUCUAUAAUGGUGAGACUGGUGAUGCGCAGUGCUCAGAAAUAAUGCCUUUCUAUUGUCAAAAAGAUGUGUACUCAAAAAAACAACAGACCAUCAAAGUGAAAGUCCAGUCCAAUCAGGAUGUGAAUGAACCUGUGGUAAAGGAGGCCAUCUUGGAGCAGAUCAAGCAGAAAGUACAGGAGUAUGGAAUGGCAGACAACACAACAUUUCAUUGGAGAGAGCAACCAGAUGGAGAUGUUUUCCAGAAGAAGAUAGAAUAA